AUGGCGUACAUCCCGAUCGUCGUCGGCACCAACAUCCUCGUCAUCUGGGGCAUCGUGCUCUACCCGGGCUUCCACACCGUCAACAACUACCUCAUCGUGAACCUGUGCGUGUCGGACCUGCUGAUCGGAGGCUUUGCCAUGCCGAUGUUUGUCCUUGCCUACACCCACAGGACCCAGAGGUACAUCUUCGGCAACAGAUUCGCCUGCCUUUUGUGGUUCGCCUCCAUAGAGUUCGCCGGGGGCGGCUCGCUGUGGAGUCUCUUCAGCAUCGCCGUCGACAGGUACCUGGCCGUGAUGAGGCCCCUCAGCUACAACUCAAUAGUUACAACGCAGACGGUGCUGACCUCCAUCUUCAGCAUGUGGGGGAGCAUGGCGCUGUUCUCCCUCCUGCCCAUGAUGGGUUGGAACCAGUACAGCUACAAAGAGGUGGAGCUCGCCCUCCGCUGUAAUUUUUUCAAGACGCUCCCGCCCGCCUACGUCUUUCUGGUGUUGAUGAGCAAGUUGGCCUGCAUCAUUACGUGCGCCGUCAUCUACAGUCAAAUCAUCUGGAUCUCCUACAAGCAGGUGCAGCUCUUCAGGGAGCAGUACGCCUCCAUGUCGACGCCCCAGAUCGCACAGUUUGAGAGCCGGGUGAGCUCCAUCAAGAUCACGUCCUGCCUGAUGUUUCUGUUCAUCCUCCUCUGGUUGCCCAACAUCAUCCUGGCGCCGAUCAAGUACUACGAGAUGUUCAACCAGGAAACCGUGGAGGUGCUCCACGUUGCGUCCCGGGUGCUGCAGUUCGGGAACUCUCUGGUCAACGCCCCCGUCUUCGCCAUCGGUCGUCACGAAUACCGCCAGGUGUACACGCUCAUGCUG